ACACAUCACUAACCUGACCAGUGACUUUAAGGAAGUACUUUAAUUGAGAGGCACACCUAGGCUACUUGUGCCUUUUUAUAGGACUCUCUUCUCCAUCAUUUUAUCAGUUUGAGUGUGAAUGAACACAAAUCUGCCCGUCCUCCCUAUCUCACGCUCAGAAUUUCGUAAUAAACAGGAUGACUUCUCAUCAGCCCAGGCCCUUUGUCAUGGCACACACCUCUAACGAGUGGAGCUCUGGAAUCUGUGACUUCUGUCAGAAUGUACCAGAGUGUUGCUUCGCAUUUUGGUGCUUUCCCUGUUUUGCCUGUGCGACGUCUCGUAAGCACGGCGAGUGUCUGUGUCUGCCUCUGCUCGACGGCUUUGGCUGCAUUCCUCCAAUAACAAUGGCCAUGCGGGUAUCAAUGCGCAGUCGCUAUGGAAUCCAGGGAACUAUCUUUAAGGAUUGCCUUUAUUCCACCUUCUGUGGUAUCUGCACCUGGUGUCAGAUGUCUCGAGAAAUGAAUGUCCGUGAACAAAAUGUCAACCUUGUCCACAAUCGAGCAAAAUAAAGGCAACUGGCAACCAAAAACUUCCUUGAUCCUCAGUAUUCUGUACUAGUUACAAAGUAUGUCACCUGAAAAUGUCUCAGUGACAUUAGAUGUGUACCAUUGUUUUUGUUCUAUUUAAUUAAAAAAAAACAGUUUUAUGUUCAACUGGUAUGUCUGCAUUUUAGUAUCCGUUAAUAAAUCUUUCUACUUUGUACUUUGUAAAAUGUGUUUAAUAACCAAGGCCUGUAUCCAAGCUUCCACUUUACUAGAUUUAUUUUAGAAUAGCCACAUCACUCCAAAGGGUAUACUGUAGAGAAAAACAAAUGUGCACAAUUGUUAUUGCACCGUUUGGGGUGAUCACAUCUGGUUUUCUGCAAUAAAAUUGGAGAAGGGUGGGUCACUGAGAACCAUCAGUGGGACAUCAUACAGACCACAACUGUUACAACAGGAGAAACUUCAUUUACAUAUGGUAAACUUCUUACAUAUUUGAGUUGAGGAUGUUAGGGGAUCAGUUGUGCUUCAUGUACUUUGUAACUAUUAUUCUGCAAUAAAACUUCACCAUCUUCAUCAGAAAA